AUGCUGUCCCAGCGCCCACUGGAUCCCAGCAAAGUUACUCCGGAGAGAUUAGCCCUGGACUACGGCGAGCAGGAAUCACGGGCGAUGCUCACGGCCUUCGAAGAGAGCAAGGUCUCACACCUGAUCCCGGUCUUGCGCUGGCCUGGCGUGGGCACGCGCUGGCGGGCAUUUCUCAGGUGGCUGGGGGAGCAACCGGAGCCGACACGAAGCCCCGAGGACGCUCUCGCCGGCUUUGCCCGUUCUCUCGGGCGCGUAACGACCUACCGCGCCCUCUCGCUGGAUGCUGCUGGGCUCCGCCGCAUCAUCGAGGCCAAGGAGAUCUUCCCCCGAGGCCAGUUGGACGUGACGGCCGAGGAGCUGAGGCGAGUGGUUGAGGAGCAUGGAGUGGUGAAGGUUGUCGUGGCAAGGCUAUACAUCGCACAUCUCAAGCGCCUCAUUGGCCAUGAUCCUUCGGUAUCGCUGCACGAUGACUGGCAGACCACUUCGUGCAUAGCAUCUGGCUACACGGGGGCCGACAAACGGGUGUACUUGUUCGAGGUGUCCGUUCCCAUCGUGGAGUCCCUCGGCCUACGCCUCUCUGAAGUGGAGGUGAACGCCACACCCAUCCUGGGGCCGCGGUAUGGGCCAUCGGGAGAUGGCUGGUUUCGCUUCCCAGCGCCGGCCUUCCCCGACGGAGUGUACUUUGAUCGCACCAUCCAGCGGACGGAGCGGUAUGGUUUGUACUCAGUUCCCUUCUUGCACCAAAGGCUGCGCCGGCUGUGGAUGUACCCGUCCGUUGCCGACAUCGGCCUGGCCAUUACCCCCUUUGCUCGGAGGCAGGCUACCAUGCACAAGCGCCGGCCAGAGGGCUAUGGCCCGCCCCCGUACACUGACUAG